AUGUCUCGUAGCAGGCACUUUACAAGAGCGGCAACUCUACGACAAACAGGUUCCUCCGUAACUAUCAAGCACGAAGAUCUCGGUACUUUUGACUCGGAGAUCAAGAAGUUCGAUAAGGAACGCCAGAAUCAACCGCCAACAAUUGCCAGAAAAAAGAGAAACAUCAAGCAUAUCAAACUGGAGUAUGAAGAUCAAGAUGAGGAAGCAGCAGGUGCCGAAUCUGUCGACAUUUCUGAGAACUUCUUCCCGCUGUACAACAAAAUCAAGGAAAUGAGAGAGCUUAUUGUAACUCCCGUCGAUCUCAUUGGCUGCGUGAAGAUCCCAACCCUUUUGAAACUCAUCACCAACCAUUACAAAGAGACGGGGGUGAUACGACACAUUGAGAUUGCAGAAAUAUCAGGCUUACAGGAUGAACUCAAACUAAUAGAAAAACAUGGAACAGAUAGAUUUUCAAGAUAUCAGUUGCUUGUGACACUACUAUUUUCUUCGCAAACCAAAGAUGAGAUUAACUUUCAAGUAAUGCAAGCUCUGCAUGCACAUUAUCUACAGAAAGGGUACAAAGAGGGGCUUUGUAUUGAGAGCAUCAACGACACUGACGAGAAGGAGCUCGACAAGAUGAUCUUUCAAAUAGGUUUUCAUUCGAGGAAGGCCUUGUAUUUGAAAGAAACAACAGCUAGCCUGCAAAACGGUGACAUUCCAGAUACCAUCGAAGCCUUAGUCAAGCUAAAAGGUAUAGGUUACAAGAUGGGUCAUUUAAUUCUGCAAGGAGCUUGGAACAAGGUCGUUGGUAUCAGCGUUGAUACACAUAUGGUCAGGCUUUGCAACAUGUUUGGUUGGACCCCGAAAAAUGAGAAAAAUCCAGAUAAUAUUCGUAAAAUCUUAGAACAGAUGUUGGUCAAUCAUAAGGAAAUGUGGAAUGAAAUCAACCCAGUUUUGGUGGGAUUUGGACAAACUGUUUGUACUCCCGUCGGCCGUCGCUGUGAUCUAUGCUUGCUAUCAACCAUCGAUAAAAAGAACGACGUUGUUUGUCCUGCAAUCGACAAAAAAUUGCUCUUGCGUGUUCAGAGAGGUGUUGAAAAGGACGAUCGUAAAAUUAGAGGCGAUAUAGAAAGAUUGGUGGAGUAUAAAAAUAGUUAG